CAGAAUCGAUGCUGCACACAGCGAGACGCAAGGGAGAAUCCGCUCGGGACGGGACGCCAGCGCUAAAUAAAGCUUCUCUUUUGAAAGCACAGAGAGAGGAGAUGCAGUGUGCCGUGCCCAACAAGACCCUCAGGGAGCUCCUGCAAGGAAUCGAUGAGGCCCACAAAGCUGACAUCAUGGUUUAUACCUCAGGACACCUGAACCCCAACAAACUGCCAAAGCUGACAAGAAAAAAAUCUGACGCAACCACCUGGGAGAGUGCCAAACAACCAAUGGUCCAUCUGAGAGAAAGGGGUCCUCCAAGAAAACAGGGAGAGUCACUGAUGUUGGGACACAGCACGAAAGAGCCUGCUGCUGACUUCACUCGAAACCCGAGCGCAACGUCUUCUGAGUGGCCUCAGCUGGAGCCACAUGUGUUAAAGUACGCCGUUCCCCAUGUGAAGACACCCAUCACCCCGUUUGGGACGCCCGUUACAAAAAGCAAAGUUGAGGUUCAGAUCUCAGAGCCUGAAAAUAACAAAAUUCCAGGAGAAUCCUUACGUGUGCUGGGAGGCUCUGCCAUUUUGCUGAAAACUCAUGAAUCAAAGUAUAGAAGGAGUUUUGGCUUCCAAAAUUAUGACAUUCCCAAUGUUAUGCAGCCUUAUCUCAGCGGCUUGACAAAAAGAGACCAGUUUAACAUGUUACUUGGGUUUGAAACGGCUGUCCUGAGGAAGCAGGAUAUGUCAGAAAAGCAACGUCUGAGUGAACGCAGAGCAGCGGAGAGACACAAACAGAGACUUCACAAGGAGCUCAUGAAGGUCAAGUCUAACAGCCAGUCAAGAACCGAACGUCUGAGAGUUUUCAGUGACGUCUUUAAUGAUAUUUGCAGUGAGUCACAGGUCUUUGGUGACAUCUUAAAAAAGAUUAAGACAGAGCAUGAUCUGUACCUCUACUCACUUAUUGAAUCUCAAUCAGCAGUUCACCAGAAGACGUUACUGCCUCAAAUAGAGGACGAGAAAGUGCUGACUGCACAAGUCGAAGAGGCCAGGCAGGAGGUCCUUAGACUACAAAAGAUUGCCAAAAAGGCUUUGAAGAAAAAUGAGUGCCUGAGAAACGAGCUGCAGACCGAGCUAUUAAAUUCUGGCGCCCCUGCAGAAAAAGGCAACAAGGAGUCAAGCAAGGGAGACAUCCAGUGCCAAGGGACCAUUCCUUGUGAAGACCCAGCUGAGAAACAGUCAAAGGAUCAGCAAGUCAGUCCUCUUGUGGAGAGGAUCCAGACCAAGAGGAGACACAUUCAGGAAGUCUGGGAGGAAAUUACCAUACUUGAAAAAGAAUUGAAAGAUGAAAUGGUCCCAGUUGCUGUCAUCAGCACCGUUGAGAGCUCAAUUGAAGACGCUAAGAAUGACACUUUAAAGCUGUCAGCUGCCAAGGAGCAUCUGGAGCAAGCAACAUUGGAUCUUGAAAAUGUUAUUCAUAAGAUUCUUUUCAAAGAGAACAUUGAUGUAGAGACACAAAGAGUAUUUUGGGACAGAGUCAUACAGAUUCUCGACAAUACUGCUGAAGGUUCAUAAGAAGAUCUAGUAAUAUCUUCUACAAAGAGUCAUCAGCAAAUCUGAAAAUGUCUUCUGUUUCCUGAUUCAUUCACUAAACAUCUGAUUAUGAAGUUAGUACUAAAGUACUGUAGUUUCUUUUUUUCUUGCUGAAAGCAUACAGGAUGUUGACAGCCAAUGUAUGUCCCAAUGUCUGUUUGACAUUAAAAAUUUGGAUUUGCUUUGUGUGCUUAACAUGACUAAUCCCAAGAAUCUGAAUAUCUGUGAUGAACUUCAUUGGUAAUUAAAAAAUGUGUGCGUGUCAAAUACUGUCCGUUAUUGUCAAAGUGGAUUUCAAGCUGGACGCAAAGAGUACAGAUAAGAGGGGAAUGCCCCACAUAGGGUGGAGUCUAUGUAAUCCGUGUUUGGACUGUUACUUUUUAAAAUUUAUAUCAGAGAAACUGAUUUUGAUAUAUUUAAUGAACUUGAGAAGUUAGCAGAUGACAAGGGAGGAAGAGCAGUUAUUGAGGAGACUGCAAACAAUGUUAAAAAGACCUGAACAAUCUGCAAAACUGGUCAAACACGUGGAAAGCGCAGUAUAAAGGAAUACUCCACCCAAAAGUAAUUUUUUUAAUGUGUUACUUAUCAUGUAACGUUUUGUAGGGAUGGCUUAGAAAAAUCUUUAACCGUAUGUUUUGAUGGAUUACUCAGAUAACACAAUUCUGGAUACAAUGAGUGCAAUUGGAGUCCAGGGUCGGCCCACUAAAUAAUGCCAUCUGAAGCAAGGCACAAUUUUGCUGUCUGCUCAUUCAUAUUAAAUACAAGAUGAUACAUUUAA